AUGAUCAGGAAUCUGCCAAAGACGGUCGCCAAAUUUAUUUCAGAGGCAUCUAGCUCAGAGAAAGCACUUGAGAUGCAGACAGGGCAGUACAACCGCAAUUCCUCGUCUACCAGAUAUCCCGCCAUCCAAGUGCUAAGAACCAGCAACCUUCGUGACAAGAUCCGAGCGAUUAAGCAAAAAGAGCUGUGCCACUUUCUUCCUUCAGGGCAGCCUCACGUGGACUCUAUCGCGGACGUCGAACGCCAGGAAAUCCAGCAAUCGCUGGCCGUUCCUCAUUUUCCAGAGCCGCAGCAACAAGCCAUGAGCUAUGCUGCUGCAGCCCGCCGUCAAGCUACUCCUCCACGCCCACGCCAAGACGUCGCCCCUUCGCACUUCCAUCGCCAGACGCCAUCGCCGCCACCUAAACAACAACGUCCUACCGUUUGCAAGCGGGACAGCGCAGACGUAUCGGCCAACGGCCGAAGAUCAUCGACUCUGUUUCAUGAUGAAGACUCAAGCUAUAAAGUCGUCCUGCCACGUCUUCCAACCGGUAACGAUGUUUUGAAUUCCGUUUUCCUUCAUGCCGACUUGUGUGGUAGGCCGUACCGUGCCCCAGACUUCCGUGACGCGCUGCUUAAAGCGAUGAGCACAGCGGACAUUAUGGGAGUUGGCCAGUAUCAAAUGAGCCUAUGGAUGGUUACGUGUGCAAACAGCAUGGCGAAACAGAAACUCGUCACUUGUGGUGAGCUCCGUGUAAAAGGGCUGAAGUGCAUGGUGCUAGAUCCGGAGACCAAUAAUAUUAGGCUGAAACUACUUUGGCUUCCGCCUCAUCUCGGAUCGCGACGUGUUGAAGAGGCGUUCAAAGCUUACGGCGUUGUGAAGUCUGUUGAAAGAGAGGCAUGGAGAUGUGCAGGAAUUGAACAAUGGAUGACAACGAAUAGAGACGUUGCCUUGGAGCUCAAGGACACCAUCACUGUGAGCUCAAUACCACACCUUAUGUCAAUCUAUGGCCACCAAUGUCUCGUACUUAUUCCCGAUAGGCCUCCACUGUGUCUUCGGUGCAAGCGAGUGGGGCAUGUACGACGACAGUGCAAAACACCGAGGUGCUUGCAGUGCCAGCGUUUUGGUCACUCGUCGGAUGCCUGCGUGUCGACUUACGCCAACAAACUCCGUUCUGGCCAAGGCACAGAAGACCAAUGUCUCGAUCAUCUUAUGGAUGUCACUGAGGUAGUUGAUGCGACAGGAGAAGCAGCGGGAGGAGCAGAAGGUGCCUUAAAGGAAGCGGAACACUUGUCCAUGGAUACCCUUGGCACGCAAAAUAACACCGCUAACGACGCCAGUGAAAGCAUAAAUGAAUGCAAUGCUGCUGACGAACACCACUUGGAAGGCCUUAAGGACAAGCCUCGUGACAAUGAGGAACAAGGAGGAAUGGAUUGCAGUCAGACAAGGAAGCGUCAGGCACCGGUCACCGAUGAAGCAAGAACGAGUGCGCCCGACACGACAGAGCAAGCGUCUUCGUGUGGUCCACUUGUCACCUUCUUUGGGGACUGGGAGACGCGCCGGCUAUGCCAGCGUCCUGAGGAAAGUGCUCCUAAAAAGUGCAAAGGAGGUAAAGCCACAAGUUGGCCUGUGGCUAAAGGUGACCUACAAAAGUAG